AUGGCGGGCAAGGAGGACGACCCCUUUGAGUGGUCCGUUGAGCAAGUGGUGCAUGAACUAUGCGCGGCUGAGAAGCGCCCAUGGCACCCGAAGCUAGCCACCAAGAGACCCGAUUCAGCAGCUCUCUCAAAGGCGUUGAUCGACAACGACGUUGAUGGCGAAACACUACUCACCUACGGAGAUGUGAUGCCGUCUCUCGACGGUCUUCUUCAGGACAUGGGCCUCGUCAAGAUUACUCACAAGAUGACAUUUGUCAGGGCGAUUAAUUAUCUGAGGUUGAAGAGCCGCGGAUAUCGGGACUUCAAAGCCGACAUAGGGAAGCCAGACUUCGAAACACCGAUCAGCUCACAGGAGGUAGAGGCCAACGUUAAUCAUGAUGUUGCAAUUCCGGACCAAGUCAGCACCUUGGAGAGUCCGCAAACGAAGUCCCCAACUCACGACGUUGAGUUGCAGAGUGACCCAGACCAUAGCAGUCUUGCAUUGAAGCUGCGAAACCAAGCUCUUCCCGCCAAUGAGCUCGAUGCUCAGGUACUGAAGAAAACCGAUCACCUGAGCGUCCUCCAGGUUGAUAAUACGGACCAAGCGAUAGGCGGACCACCCCAGAAGAAGAGAAGGGUGGCGCCAUCCCUGAUAUCCACCAACGUCCUUGGCGUGGGUAAUACGCCUAUCCGAACAGCUGCGGACGACCUCGCUGUACGGCUUAAUGGUUCAAAAGACGCCCUGCCUCAGCCUCCUGAUUCCUCGACUAGGACCUCUGCAAAAAUUCACGGGGAUGAAGGAAACAGGGUCUCUGCCCGGGAACGAUCCACAACAGCGUACUUCGGACGCAGCGGGCUGAUUACUGACAGCCGAAUCCCAAAGUCAAGUCUGGUUCGGGGCACCAACGAUGCAGUUGACGGCAGCAGCCUAUUCCGUCUUGUUACCAAGGGCUCGAUUCCCAAUGGCCGGCGCCGACAAGUUAGCCGAGCAAUGCGACGACUAUUCCGCACGAACGACCAAUCACUCGCCCUGAUGCAGAGCGGUCAAUCUCCCUACGUGGAACCAGAAGAGGAGGAUAAGGUCCUCCCUCUCUUUGGCGACUCAGAAGACGAAGAUGGCUACGACACGGAGACGAGGGAAGCAAUCCAAGACGAGGAAGAGGAGUUGCAGAGGGAGAUGGAACUGAAGUCCCAAUACCUCACUCCAGGCGACAUCGAACGCGUGCUACAGGAGGAAAUCCAGCAGAUGGAAAACGACUGGGACGAAAGGAAGCUGCCAAAGAAGGAGCGAAAAGCGAAUGAACUCUGGAAUAAAGCGCGCCGACGUGGUCUCAUCCGACAAAUCGCUAGCGCCACGGCCACGCUCGAGAUGCUCAACACCCGCAUCGAAAAGCUUUGCCAAGAGAUUAGGGAAGACGAAUGGCCCAACGAGGACCAGCUCAGACGACAAGCGCGCUGUCUCGAAUGCAGUGUAGAGGAUCGGAAAGCCGAAAGAUGGCUCCUCGGCAUCCUGCGAGGGCAUGAGCCUCCGCGACCGGAAACAAUGUCUAAGCCACGACCGAUCGCUGCCAGGCGAGGUAUCCUUUCGGACGAAGACGGAGAACUCAUCACCAGUGGUGACGACGACGACGACGACGACGAAGACGACGGCGAAAAGGACUUCAUCGUUAACGACAUGCUGGAUGUUACGCGCUCACCAGCCCCGGAUGGGUCCGGAUCUGCAAGUCCGAUGAAUCUGGACAAACCUGAGGAAAUACUUCAACAGGACACUCACAGGCCAGGACCUCCAAGCGACAAAUCGCCAGCGGACAACGUAUUUGAUAUUCAAUCCGAUAAUAACAUCAUCGAUCUGACGACAUACGAUUCCGAGCCCGUGUCUGAAAACACCAAGGAAAAUGUUAUCUGGCUCGAUACGCCUGAGAAGCCAAAGACGCCCCUAGCGCCAAUCUCACCAUCUCUUCCGGACAGCGAUAUUGAGGAACGGCCAAGACUGUCGCAGGAGGAUCUUGAGACUCCAUACGAACAAUCUGAGCGAAUCGGCGUCAUCGCACCUAGGUUCUGGAAGCUGCAUGCGGACAACAAGCGACUCCUGAUCAGUGUCAUCUGGCGACUCGACGACCAACGAAGGGGAGCCUUCUUCCACGCCAUCAGUACGAUGGCUCCGGCUGACAUAUGGACCGACUUCGUAAUAACAGCAUUGGAAGAUCCUGCAUCUUAUGAGCAGCAAUCUGCGUGCGAAAUGGGCACUGUCAUCGCCCGUCUCUUUAGAACUUAUGUCCUCGGCAAAGCAUUGUCUCCCUCGAGCGUCGCUAAGCCGAUUCGCGGGCGGAAAGCCAAGAGCAUCAAGGCCAAGGUUGAUCGCUUUGAGGAUUUCUGUGAUUUUGUAAAGGACCACAUCGUGCCCCAUUUCCCCGAUGCCACUCGAGUUACAGGCUCUGAUUCAGGGACGCCUUGGAAGAACCGGCGUGAAAGUCUCGACUCUUUGGAUGGCUAUAGCGACGACGAGGCCGACAUCCCACCGUCUAAGAAGCGGAAGCGGGUUUUCAUCAUUGACCAGACAGCGAAGGACCUCAGAGAAAGCGACCGACGUCGGAAGGAAGAACAGGAGAAACGGCGAGUGGAGCUUCGCAAGAAGCUGGCCGCAUCCGAUACCAUCUCCAGCGACAAGUCACGGCUGAUUAUCAACGAGACCAAAGAAGACCACCAAGGGCUGGUCUACUUCAACGAAGACAUUGGCAAACGGAUCAAAAAUCACCAGAUCGAUGGCGUUCGUUUCCUGUGGAAUCAGAUUGUUUACGACUCCAAGGUGCGACAGGGAUGUCUCUUGGCUCACACCAUGGGUCUCGGCAAGACUAUGCAGGUCAUCACCUUGCUCGUUGCAAUCGCAGAGUCUGCGCAGUCAGAGGACGAAACCAUUCGGUCACAAAUCCCCAAGGACCUUAGGCAAUCCAAAACCCUCGUGCUGUGUCCGUCGGUGCUUGUCGAUAAUUGGAUGGAUGAGUUGUUGAUGUGGGCCCCUGACGGGCUUCUUGGACGUCUUUUCAAAUUGGAGGCCAUCACCAGAGUAGCGGAGAGAGGCCCAAUGAUUCGCACAUGGGACGAGGAAGGAGGCGUGCUAAUCAUGGGUUACGACAUGUUCAAGAGAUUACUUGAUCCCCCUACUAACGAACUCUCGCCACCUCACGAUGCAAAAUCGGUCAAGGACAUUCUCACUCAAAGCCCCAACCUCGUUGUUGCCGAUGAGGCCCACAAGUUGAAGAAUCCCGAUUCAAAGUUGUCAAUGGCCGCCGCACAAUUCAGGACACAUAGUCGGAUCGCACUCACUGGCUCACCGUUAGCCAACAGUGUGCUAGAAUUCUUCUACAUGAUCGACUGGGUGGCACCUGGUUACUUGGGCCCCCUUUCGGAAUUCAAGGCUUGUUAUGCUGAACCGAUCCAAGCCGGUCUCUACGAGGACAGUCCGAGGUCCGCUUAUCGUAAGGCGAAGAAGGCACUUGCUGUCCUGGAAGCUACUGUGGCACCCAAGACACACAGGGCAACAAUCAAUCUUUGUCUCAAGGAUGACUUGCCGCCAAAGACGGAGUUCGUGCUUACAGUCCCGGUAACACCACUCCAGGCCAAGCUGUACGACACCUUUCUUGACUCUGUGAGGAAUGAGGCAAACGGCCUAGGCGGAAAAAUUCUUGGUGCCGUCAACAAUUUCUGUCUGAUUGUCAAUCACCCCAAGGCUUUCCAGACAAGAUUGAUAGAGGAGCGGAGCCUUCUGGGGAAGAAGGAUAAAUCGAACCUUACUUUAACGAGCCAGAUUAUCAGUGAUGGUCUCAAAAUCACAAAAAUCCAGAAGGACAUAUCUUCGCCUGCCUUGUCGUGGAAGGUGAAGCUUCUCGUCGCCAUUCUGGAUGAGAGUGAGAAGGUUGGAGAUAAGUUACUUGUCUUCACCCAGUCGAUUCCGACUAUGGAUUACUUGGACUCCCUUUUCCGGCAGCAGAAACGAAAGGUUGCCCGUCUUGAUGGCAACUCGCCAAUCAGUCAAAGACAGCAGAGCAUCAAGGACUUCAACAGUGGGGAUACCCAGCUAUACCUCAUCUCGACAGCUGCUGGAGGCACUGGCCUCAACAUAUAUGGUGCCAAUCGAGUGGUCAUCUUCGACUUCAAGUACAAUCCUAUCCACGAACAACAAGCAAUCGGCAGAGCGUACCGCAUUGGUCAGCAGAAGCCGGUCUAUGUCUACACCUUCAUUUCAGGUGGCACGUACGAACAGACUAUGCACAACAAAGCCGUCUUCAAGACCCAAUUGGCCUCCCGCGUUGUGGACAAUGAGAAUCCAAAACGAUGGUCUAAAAAGGAAAACGAGUACCUCAAAGAUCGUGAGGAACCCGAUCAACUAGAUCUAAGUCCCGUCGCUGGUAAGGAUGCUGUGCUCGACAGCUUGUUGACGCAUCCCGACCUGUCCCAGGGUAUCCGUUCUAUCAUCAUGACGGACACUUUCAAGGAGGAGGAUACCAACGAAAUCUUGACCCAAGAAGACUUGAAAGAUGUGAAAGAGCAGGUCUACUUGAAUUCAAUCAGAAACACCGAUCCGGAGAAGUUCCGCAAGCUGGAGCUUGAACGAAUUGGCAGACUCCGCGCCGUGCCGUCAGUGGCUGGCAUCGCGACAGUACCUCAAGCACCAUAUCGGCCCCUAGGCUUACCUAUGGGCGGCGUUCAAACACCUGUUCCACUCCCCUCUCUUCCCGGCACAGCUUUCAGGAGUUCAAAUUACGCAUUGGGACAGCCUACAGCUGUGCAGAAGGUUAUCGCUGCCCAGACACUGCCGUCGACUGCGUUUGUGCCAGAGCCAGCGGCGCCUUUAGAGAGAGAUGAGGUGGAUAUGGACGCAGAGCAACGAGCUCCCCCACAGUUAGGUUCAAAUGUCGCUUCGAGCGUCGAAUUUGUUCAGCAGAAAACGACAGAGGUACAGUUGCUACGUUUGGAUCUGAGCGACCAGCGCUAA